CUGUGAGGUGGAGCUGCUGGGUCCCUGCUGAGCAUGGUUGUGAUUUAGUUGUGAGACAGAUCGUGAUCACAAGCACGAGCUGAAGGAUCCAUGUGCGCAGGCUCUGCUGUUGUUCGGCAAGGUGAAAGUCUUUCUCCAACGCUGGAAUCUGAGACGGACAGAACGUUAGGUGCAGCUCUGAAUAUGAUGUUUGUGUUGAUGCAGUACCAAAUGCUGGUCCAUUUGAUUGUGAUCUUCUGGUCUUUUCCUCAUAAUACUUCCUCCCUCGACCUGGAUGAUCCAAACAUCUGCAGUCACUGGGAAAGUUACUCUCUGACAGUGCAGGAGUCAUAUGCUCAUCGUGUUGAUCAGAUUUAUUACACCAGCUGUCCAGACAUUCUGAAGUGGUUCAAGUGCACCACUUACAGGGAGAGCUAUCGGACAGCUUAUCGUAGAGGAGAAAAAUUCAUAUACAGCAGAAAGUCGCAAUGUUGCCCAGGCUUCUUUGAAAAUGGAGAGAUAUGUGCUCCACAAUGUGCAGACAGCUGUGUUCAUGGCAGUUGUGUGGCACCCAACACCUGUCAAUGUGAGCCAGGCUGGGGGGGCUCCAACUGCUCCAGUGCUUGUGACAGUAACCACUGGGGUCCCCACUGCAGCAAUAGAUGUCAGUGUAAGAAUGGAGCACUAUGUAACCCUAUUACAGGAGAAUGUAUAUGCCCUCCUGGAUACAGAGGGUGGCGCUGUGAGGCCCAAUGUGAAACUGGAUCCUAUGGUAACGGAUGUCAACAAAAAUGCCAAUGCCAGAAUGGAGCUAUCUGCCAUCAUGUGACUGGGCAAUGCAAAUGUUCACCAGGAUACACCGGAGCUUUGUGCCAAGAAGAGUGUCCAGUUGGUACUUACGGUGCUGGCUGUGCAAAGAUCUGUCACUGUAUGAGCAACAGCAAGUGUUAUCAUACCAAUGGAACCUGCAUGUGUGACAUGGGUUACACAGGAGAAAGAUGUGAUGUCCGCUCGUGCCCUGAAGGCCGUUACGGUUUAAGAUGCAGUAAGAAAUGUUCAUGCUAUGCCCCAAACACUCUAAGCUGCCACCCAAUGUCAGGGGAGUGUAUAUGUCAGACUGGUUGGUCUGGACCCUAUUGCAAUGAGACAUGCACACCAGGAUUUUAUGGUAGAUCCUGCAGUGAAUUGUGUCAGUGCCAGAAUGGAGCCGACUGCCACAGUGGGACCGGAGAAUGUACUUGUGCUCCUGGCUUUAUGGGUUCAAAGUGUUCAGUCUCAUGCCCAGUUGACGCAUUUGGAGUAAACUGCUCAGCAAGCUGCAAAUGUAAGAAUGGAGCACAGUGCUCGCCUGUUGACGGAUCCUGUUCUUGGAAACCAGGUGGUUUAGUGGUGCCUGGAACUUUCAAUAAUUUAACCAACGCAGCCAUACCUGUGGACACCUACCUGAUAGGAGUCAUUUCAGGCAUCAUUGUUCUAGUGUUUCUGGUACUACUUCUCCUGCUCCUCUUCAUCAUCUUCAGAAAUAAACAGAAGAGCAAAGAGACCUUGAUGCCAGCUGUGACCUACACUCCUCCUAUCAGGGUCACAGCUAAUUAUACAAUGACAGAUGCCCACACUUCAUCAUAUGAAGCCCGCCCCAGCAGCUGCUUUUCCAACCCCAGUUACCAUACCCUUACCCAGUGCAUCAGCUUGCCACGUGUUGACAGUGGUCAAUAUAUAAAGGCCAGUUAUAACCAUCUGCUUCCUAACAUGGAGAAUGUGAAUCUUGGUAUUCACACUGGACCGACACAUGGCAACUGGAAACCAAGGGCCCGCUUCAAUGAACUGGGAGCUUGUGGAAUUGGUAUGACUUACAUGGAAAAAUCUCUGCAAGAUAUGGUGAAGGAAGCUGACUACCUUGCAAGUUCCUACUCUCUUGUCAGCUCUGAAAACCCAUAUGCUACAAUAAAGGACCCCCCCUCACCAACAUCCAAAAAUACAGAAUGUAAUUAUAUGGAAAUGAAGUCACCCACCAGGAGAGAUUAUGCAUAUGAAGAAGUUAACAAUGGUAGUCCGACUAAUAGGCAAGCGGUUGAUGAAGUUGAGAUGAGUAAAAAAACAUCCGACCCACUGGAGUAAUCAACACCAGCAUGCAGUCUGGAAAGGAGCUGUUUGACCAAGUACAAAAAACAGCCACAUCUCCAGUGAUUAUGACAUCCUGCCACCCAGAGAAAGUCUUUUGUCGGAGUCCAAGGAAUUAGAUUGUAAGUAAAGACAGAGACUCAGAACAGGACCAGCUCUCAACACUAAUCUCUGGAUGCAGCACUCGAUUUUCUCACAUUUUAUACCCCUGGGAUAUUUAUUUUGUUAAUAUCAAUAAAUCAAGAAAUUAUCCAUAAACCAUCUUGGUAUACCUUAUGUAAAGCAAUGCUGGUUUGUUGUAUUUUUACAGCCCAUAAUUAAUGUUGUAUAAUAUACAAAUUCAACUUCAAAUUUUAUGUGUAGUAUAAGUAUUUUUUUUUCUCCUAUUUCUAAAAGUGUUCAGUAUUCAUGUAUAAAAAAAACUUGCUUAUAUUCACAUUUAACAAAUUGAGCUUCAAUUUCUUUUCAGCAACUGUGCUCAAAAUAUUGAGGAGGGCUUUCAGAUUUUUUGAGGAGACAUUCAAUAAUGACGAAGGUUCUCAUUUAUUAAGCUUGCAGACACACAAAACAGGCACUAAAUCUUGGAUAUGUCACUUUCCAUGCAGAAAGUGAUCAUUAAAGAAAUACUCAGAAUGUGUGACCCAUAAUGCAAACUCUCAUCCGUGCCUGUGCUUGUUUUGGAGACAUGUGGAAAUUGACCACGCAGAUGGUAAAGUAUUAAACUGCAGCCACACCGUGUAUUCUCUCAGAUGUUCAGUUUCACAUGAUAUCAGACUUUAACCAUGAGUAUUCAAAACGACAGUGUUAUUUAAGCUUGAGCUCAUUAGCCAUAGCUAUACUUACAGAUCUUCCAAAUUAAAAAGUCCUAUAAGCCAACUUAAAUUUUAAAUUAAAGUUUGCAUUUCAUCAGAGCAUUUCAUCAGAGUUUUCUAUCAUAACAUUCCUCCCCCGAUGAUAACCAGUGCGAUGUGUGCCACAGAUUAACAUACAAAUUGUGCCAAGGUGUGAGGCAAUUACAUUAAAGAUAUAGUGGAUAAUCUUCUUUCAGCUUUGAGUUCUAGGGUGGAUCAUCUUAUCUAUUUGUUGUCCCACAGACCAAUGUUUGUGAUGUGCUCACUUAACGCCAAUGCACAUGCUCGUUCCUAGCUAUUUUUUUCUUGCUGGGCUUCGGUUUUCUUGCUGGGCUUCGGUUUCAGCCAUUCAUUGUAUCUCCACUGCUCUCACUGUAUAUUUUGAAAAUGGCUGAGUUCCAAAAACCAAACUGUCUUACAGGUUUAUGAGAAGAGGAGAAAGGGAUCAGAAGAAAGAAAUAAGACCUAGGGUCUCAUGUGUUACAUUGCGCAGCUCUCAUACUAGGGCAACAGAUAGUCACAGAGAUGCCUCAGGGCAUAUUUGUAGUGAAUUACAAGAAACCAACAGUGACUCAUUAAAGAAACUGGCUGAAAAUAUUCAGUUUUUCUGCUCAUACAACAUUUUUUCUACAAUGUUUAUCAAAUUCAAUUAGUACUGUAGCUGCUGCCUUGAGCUUGAUUAUAGCUUAAUUCUGAUCAUUGUAGAAGCAAAUAGGCUUAAAUCGGAAGCAACCAGACUUGCAAUGUAUUUCUGAAAGCGUUUCGGUCAAAGACUAUGCAAGAGUCUUUGACAAAGACUCCUAAACACAUGCUGAUCAUUGUUGUGCACAUAAAAAUCAUUGUAAUGUAGUGAAUAUGUCUAUAUGUUCUGAUUACAUUUGGAAAUAGAAUCCUUGCUGCAAAUUAGAGCCAUUGUUUAGGGGAAUUUUAUGUAUCUGAACAACAUAUGGAUAAGAUUGUCCCAGGGGGGCAGGCUUAGGAGAGCUCAGGGAUGUUAACUACCGUUUAACUACGUUAAAUGGCACCGGUGACUUAUGGUUCUUCCUAGUUUCCCUGUUCCCUGUUUCCCAGUAAUGCUGGGGCCAGAUCACAAAUAAUUCCCUGGACAAUCAGAAUGGGUCAAUAAGCCACUCAUCAUCUAGUAUUAGCACGUAAGCAGGAUUUCUGAACACAAGUUUUCUCUGCAUUCUACCAACAGCGAUGUCCUCCAGCAAUUCUGCGAUCAUUUCAUUACUCCCAACUUUAUCACGCUUUGUACUGAGUGUAUUUGGGAGAUCCUUUUACGCAAUGGUGAAAGAGCAGGUAGGCUGGUCUUGCGCAUGUGCAGUUAUUCAAAACGUGACUUGGGAAUUUCUUACUUACAAUUCUGGAAAAAUCAUCUAUUAUACCUUUAAUUGCUGGUAACAGUUAAAAACCGUGGUGACACUAAUGCGUUAUGCUUCAUGGUGGAUGUGGCCCUGCUGGAUGACCUUGUAAAUAAGAGAAUAAGAAGAAACACAGUUUCAGAGAUCAAGGAUUAUCUGCCCCCUGGUGACGACUGUCUAAUAUGCCGAUUUAGAGUUCAUGGAGCAUUGCAUUCCACUAUAACCUACAGGGGACAGUUGCUACCCCCAGGUGCUAGAUCCUAACCUGCUCUUCAAACCCCAGGAGGAGGUGCUCUUUGAUACUGCUCAUACCUGUGCAUGCACAACUGUGGAGCAUACAAUCAGGUUCAUAAAAUGCUGGUGGCAGUGUUUGAAGCGGCCUCAUCAAUUAUGAUUGUCUUGACUCCUUACCUCUUCAGAAUGACGAUCCAGAUGCACAGCCUCUUUGUCAUUUUCUUGGCAUCAUUGACGUUUUAUGAGAGCAAUAAGAUUUACUUGUUAACAAGUUAAUUUAGUGUGGACAAAUUAACUUGUGGAUAUGAUUUCACCUCUGAUUUACAUAUUCAAUAAAAGCCUUUCUGGAAAUA